CUGUCCAAGCUGCCAGCAGGGACCCUUUCUUUCUUAUCCCUGGGAGCUAAAUGAAUUUUACUCUGUGCAUUGCUCUGCCUUGCUUCUCUCAAAUCCAGAAGCCAAUGAUUUGGAAAGAUUGCUCUGAAACCCCUUCUAAGUUUUAUCAACGAUUUCUCAUCAUAACUCGGUUCCUGCUGGCAUAUAUAUCAGCUGUAUAUUUACGUCGCAUGUUUCUGCUUCACAGCUCACCAGCUCUUUGCGGGUUAGCUGCCUCCCAUGGCCUUCCCCGUGUGUCUGUUGCACUCUGCAAAGCUUUAUGCUGAGCAAGGAAGUGAGGUGGCUUCAUUCAGUCGCUCACCGCCUCAUUUUACAGAGCGGUACCGAUGUGCUUCUGUGUUUCCCCCCAAAAAAGCCUGAGAAGCCGUGACUUUGUGUGCUGCCUGGCCCUGUGCUUCGUAGGGGUGCAUCCACCAGCACUGGGUGCCAAUGUGCGGGGAGGAGAUGCUCCCUCAGUGGCAUGACUGGGGACAUUUGGGACAGACCUGGGCAGGGAGGGAUGCCUGUUGAACCAGAGUCACAGAGCAGAGGUGGAUUUUUAUGGAAGCUGAGCCGGGCUCCGGGAGAGGAUGGGGAAGCAGAACAGCAAGCUGCGCCCCGAGGUGCUGCAGGACCUGCGCGAGAACACCGAGUUCACGGACCACGAGCUGCAGGAGUGGUACAAGGGCUUCCUAAAAGAUUGCCCGACGGGCCAUUUGACUGUGGAGGAGUUCAAAAAAAUCUACGCCAACUUCUUCCCCUACGGCGACGCGUCCAAGUUCGCCGAGCACGUGUUCCGCACCUUCGACACCAACGGCGACGGGACGAUCGACUUCAGGGAAUUCAUCAUCGCGCUGAGCGUCACCUCGCGGGGCAAGCUCGAGCAGAAGCUCAAGUGGGCGUUCAGCAUGUACGACCUGGACGGCAACGGGUACAUCAGCCGCGGGGAAAUGCUGGAAAUCGUGCAGGCAAUCUACAAAAUGGUUUCAUCAGUAAUGAAAAUGCCAGAAGACGAAUCCACUCCAGAGAAGCGGACAGACAAGAUCUUCAGACAGAUGGACACAAACAAUGACGGUAAACUGUCCCUGGAGGAGUUCAUCAAAGGUGCCAAGAGCGAUCCCUCCAUCGUGCGGUUGUUACAGUGCGACCCCAGCAGCGCGAGUCAAUUCUGAUACAAAGCGGACAGUUUGCAACGAGAAUCUCGGCUUGUCCUUCAAGCUUUGCUCGCAAAUGGAUGCCUUCUCAAUCAUUCCUCAACAGUUAGUGGAUAAGAUACCAUUGCCAGAUUGUGUGUGUCUGAGUGAAAACAGCCCUCGCUCCCCUCACUAACACCAGUGCAGCUCUCCUUCGGCAGCUCCAUUUCUGCUUUCCCGUAAUGUUUUGGUUCACUCUGCACGUGUUAACGGUAAAUGAAAGGUAUGUUUACAUGCAGAUCCGAAGGGUUCAGAUUUCCCGUGAGAUACCACUUCGCUUAGUCUGGGAGGAAGAAUGGUGUUCCCGUCGUCCCAGGAGGACGCUAGGUAGGACUUUGACCCAACGUAGCAGAUGGCAGGUAAUUUAUUUUGCUUCGGAAAUGACUAUGUUAAAAAAAAAUAAAAAAUGAAAAAAAAAAAAAGGUGGACUGAAUGGAGUAGAAAGUUUAAAAAAAAAAAAAAAGGGAAAAAAAAAACAACAAAACAAAACGCAGCUUUCCUGGGCAUGGUUCCAAUUUUCUUUUUGAGGAAAAUUGCUUGCACUUAUCUAAUGGUCUUUACUUUCUUUUAAUAUAUAUAUAAAUUAUAUAUAUAUGGUGAAGUAAAAUUUUAAAUAUUUAGGUCAUCUAUUUAAGGCAUACAAUAGAAUUCAAGCUUUGUUUCUUCUAGUUGUCUGUGAUUUAUUCCGAUCUUGGAGAUGAUUGUUUUUUGUGGUAUUUAUGCAUUAGCCAAUCGCCGUUCCAAAAGAGAUGCAUGACUAGCAGUUUGUGGAUACUUCACUCUGUUUAAUUACUGAAUGCAAAUCUUCGUUCGUUUUUACUGUCGGUUGUUCCAGCGUUACUGUAUUAACGGCAGACCUGAAAGGAGCAAUCCUCAUUUUGUAUUUCUCAGUGGAGUCCUACUUUAUGGUGGUCGCUGCGUUAAAUGGCUUCUGAGUGAAAUGAGGUGACGUGACUCGCACCGCUCUUCUCGACCUCGCUGCACCUCCUCCCUCUUGCUGUCGAUACGUUACUAGUCUCGUGCAUUCCAGUGUUAUUUAAUAUCUGCCUAAUGCCAAGAAAUAUCAAUUGAAAUAAAAGACUACUUUUCUUGUCAA